AGGUUCUUCUUGAAAUUUUUCCUCAAAUGUAACCAAAAUUGCCUAAAAAAUGCAGGAAACCCUCGAGACAUGCGUCGAUUCCAGGUUGUGGUGUCUACAACAGUCAAUGUUGAUGGCCAUGUGUUGGCAGUGUCGGACAACAUGUUUGUACACAACAAUUCCAAGCAUGGGCGGAGAGCUCGAAGACUUGAUCCCUCGGAAGCUACACCAUGUAUCAAAGCCAUCAGUCCAAGUGAAGGAUGGACUACAGGAGGUGCCACUGUCAUCAUCAUAGGAGACAAUUUCUUUGAUGGGUUACAGGUCAUAUUCGGCACCAUGCUGGUUUGGAGUGAGCUGAUUACUCCUCAUGCCAUCCGCGUACAGACACCUCCCCGACAUAUCCCAGGAGUUGUAGAAGUCACAUUGUCCUACAAGUCUAAGCAAUUUUGCAAGGGAACGCCUGGAAGAUUCAUUUACACAGCUCUGAACGAACCCACCAUUGACUAUGGUUUCCAAAGGUUACAGAAGGUUAUCCCCCGGCACCCUGGUGACCCCGAACGCUUGCCAAAGGAAGUAAUACUUAAGAGGGCUGCUGAUUUAGUAGAAGCACUCUAUGGUAUGCCACAUAAUAACCAGGAAAUAAUCCUGAAAAGAGCAGCAGACAUCGCAGAAGCACUCUACAGUGUCCCCCGCAAUCAUAACCAGCUCCCUGCCCUUGCUAACACGUCAGUCCAUGCAGGAAUGAUGGGAGUGAAUUCCUUUAGUGGUCAACUAGCUGUCAAUGUUUCCGAAGCCUCACAAGCCACCAAUCAGGGUUUUACUCGCAACUCGAGCAGCGUGUCACCUCAUGGCUAUGUGCCAAGCACCACCCCUCAGCAGACAAAUUAUAACUCUGUCACAACAAGCAUGAAUGGCUAUGGGAAUGCUGGAAUGUCAAAUUUAGGCGGUUCUCCAACCUUCCUGAAUGGAUCUGCUGCCAAUUCUCCCUAUGCCAUUGUGCCAUCAAGUCCAACAAUGGCCUCCUCCACUAGCCUUCCCUCAAACUGUAGCAGUUCCUCUGGGAUUUUCUCCUUCUCACCAGCCAACAUGGUCUCAGCAGUGAAACAGAAGAGUGCUUUUGCGCCUGUCGUGAGACCGCAAACUUCUCCUCCUCCCACCUGCACCAGCACCAAUGGCAAUAGCCUGCAAGCUAUAUCUGGCAUGAUUGUUCCCCCCAUGUGA